CCGCCGGGUACCCACCACUCCGGAUCGCCGAGGACCAUGCUAUAACCCCAUCCCUCCUCCCACGACAACCGAGAACUCUCAGGAGCGACGCGGCCACGCUCAAUUCAGGCCACCGCCUCCCGGCCCGGCCCGGCCCGGCCCGGCCCGCUCCCAGCACCCACCGUCCGAGGGGGCUAGCAGAGCGGAGGGCGCGGAGCCGGCAGUGCAGGAAAUAAACGACUUCUGAUGCAAGAAGCACGAUGAAAUUCGGUUGCCUUUCCUUCCGACAGCCCUACGCAGGGUUGCUUCUAAACCGAGUCAAAACGGUAGAGACUCGCUGGCGUCCUUUGCUAGCAGGCUACAAGAACUGCACCAUUGCUGUUCAUAUAGCUGUUAAGGACUGGGAAGACGAAACAUGGAGCGAAAUUCUUCUGAAUAGGUUCGGCAUGACAUCGAAACAACUGCGAGAUUUGUUGGAUGAAGGGGAAAAAUUUGGCAGAGGAGUUAUUGCAGGAUUAAUUGACGUUGGAGAGACAUCACUAUAUCCAGAAAACCUGCCCCCUGAAGAGAUUCUGGAGCUGGAAAACAAAGCUGUCCUCAGCAAUCUAGAACAGAAAUACUUGACUGUUGUUUCAAAUCCCAGAUGGCUCCUGGAACCAAUUCCUGCCCGAGGGAGAACAGGGGUGUGGCAGGUGGACAUCCCUGAAGAACUGAUCCCUUCAGAAUUUUAGGUGUUACCCCUUAAUUUUUCCUGCCUAAAUGCAGAUUUUUAUUUAAGUUGCUGACUUGUGAAUUACAUCAGUAUCUUGUUUAGGAUUCUAUUCCAAAACUAUUUCAAAUGGCAAAUAUAUUUGAAAAACUACUUUUUUUGAUGCAAAGCAAACAAGAUGUGUUUUUAUGACUAUUACAGCAAAUUAUUAAUUUUUUCUAGACUUUUCCUGUAUGAACACGAAGUGACAUUUUUAAAAUGUAUAAUUAUGGAUGGCAUUCCAAUUGAAAUGUAAAUGAUUUUUUGACACCUGCAUCUCUGAUUAUAGGAAAAUGGUGCUUAAAAGCAGGCUGCCACAAUUAAUAAGACAUCUGUCCCUGCCUUAAGGAUAGAUUAUUUUCUUCACAUUUCAGGCACACAAGAUGUACAUAUAAUGGAUAUACCUCUGUGAUCUGACAAACAUUGCGCAAAGGCCAUUAUGACAAGGUGCUUGUACAAAAUUAAAUUAUUACAUUUUUUCUCUUAAGAUGAAAAAUACUAGUUAUCUUUGAAAAUCUAAUACUGAAUUCAAGCCAAGUGUGAAGAAUUACAAAUAAUAGCCACUAAGUUUCAGGACUCUCAAGAGGUUUCCAAAACUUACAUCCUAUGUCACAUUUUGGCUUCAUGACCUCGGACCUGGGCCAGCUAGGAGUGGUGUGGCUAAAUAACAGGAUGGGUUUGGUUGGGUGACCCAAAAAGUAAAACUGCUUUAAUGGCAAAAUAAUAAACGGCAGAAGGCAAACACACAGUACAGGGUCCACCCCAAAAGGUGAAAAAGGGUGGGUACAACAGUAUAUAAAUGGAAGAUCUGAGGGUGUAUCUGAAGGCAGGGUUCCAAUCACAGACUGAGAUUACAAAUACUAAAAAUAAUGUGGCAAAUGACAACCAAUCAGGGGAGAGAACUAAGAACAUUCUGGAAGCAUAGCCAUGUAUGAACAGGCUUGCUAACAUCCCCCAGUCUUAAGCUGAUGCCCAACCAGUUCAAUCUCCACAACCCUACCUUAGGAGUAGUACAGUGAAAAUCCUUUUGAUUUUUUGGAGCAAGGCCACACCUAGGCAUGGCUCUAAAAACAGAACAAGUGGCAGAGCCUUUGUAUUUAGACAGUUUACUUAAACACUUAGGAAACCAUUCUUUUGGACUACACCACUUUUACCAGAGCCAAGGAAAUUAUCUUGCACCCCCAGCAUCAGGGCCCAGGGCUACUACCUGCAGAUCCACUGUUUGAACCAUGCAUGGAGCUGGGCAAAGACCGAGCUGCUGGCAGUACAGCUGGGAGAGGUGGGAAGAGACUGCAGGUAAGGGCUGGGUGAAGCAGAGCAGCUCCCUGGCCCCAGCCACACCGAGCUGUGCCUUGGCUGAAGGGAAGGCGCAGAGGCUGGAACUCAAGUGCGUUUGUUUGAGUGGCAGCACAUAGAGCUCUACAGGAACCACUGCCCUGGGGAUCUGCCUUGGAGCAGGUGAGGCCUUCCCCAUCACAGCACUGUGCAAUGCGUUCUCCCUUGGAUCUGAUGUGCAUGGACUGUUCUCCUUCUGGGAAGUGGUUUCUCAUGCAAAGUCAACAUCUGGUUUUCUUCUCCAUGGUAAUGUGCCGGCAAACUGAUGUCCAGUAACAAUCCCACUGAUGUUAGAUUUUUUUAACCAGAAUAUAAUAAAAUAUAUAUAAAUAAAAAUAUAUAAAAUAUA